AUGGUUUGGAGUAUACGGGCAAUAGCUGUGUGCACUAGAGCAGCGGCCCGCGCCGCCCGGGACCUGCCUCAGAGCAGCUGCAGCCUGUUGGGGGCCCCGCCCUGGUAUGCGCCUCUCCCACCUCUUCCCCUGCUGCUCAAAGCUUGCCAGCGGGGAGAAGAUAGGCCAGGGAAGGCUCUUCGCAAAAGGCACCCUGGACCCGACCUAUCGGCUAGCGUCUCCGCCUCCUUCGCUUCUCUACCUCGCAGUUCGUCCCACCCACCCUACCUGGGCCCAGUAUUCGGCUGCCUGCGGGACAAGGUGCUGGUCCUGGCCGGAUACCGCGCGCAGAAGGAGGACGAACUCAAUCUGGCGCCCGGGGACGUGGUCCGACAGGUGUGCGAGGGGCCCGCACGGGGCUGGCUGCGCGGAGAGCUACGGGGUCGUUGUGGCCUCUUCCCCGAGCGCUCGGUGCAGGAGAUCCCCGAGGCUCUGCGCGGCGCCGGAGAGGCGCCGAGGCCGCGCUGUGCGCGCCGCCGAGGUUGCCCCGCCAAAUCUCGGAGCCCCCAAAGAUGGUGCAAGGUGAACUUCAACUACAGCCCGGCGCAGGCGGACGAGCUGAAGCUGCAAGCUGGGGAGAUUGUGGAAGUGAUAAAGGAGAUUGAGGACGGCUGGUGGCUGGGGAAGAAGAACGGGCAGCUGGGAGCCUUCCCAUCCAACUUUGUGGAGUUGCUGGACAGUGGGCCCCCAAGCCUCAGGAACCCAGACAUGCCUUCAGUCAGCCCUGGUCCCCAGCCACCUCCCAAGCUGAGCAGCCUGACCUAUGACAGCCCUCCAGACUACCUGCGGACAGUCUCUCGCCCUGAGAUCUAUAGGGUGCUGUUUGACUACCAGCCCCAGGCCCCAGAUGAGUUGGCGCUGCGGAGGGGAGAUGAGGUGAAAGUACUGAGGAAGACCACGGAGGACGAGGGCUGGUGGGAAGGAGAGUCUCAAGGCAGAAGAGGAAUCUUCCCAGACAACUUUGUGCUCCCCCCACCCCCAAUCAAGAGGCUGACCGUGCGGAAAGUGGCAUCUCGGGAGUCAGCUCCUAUUAAGGAACCAAAAAAGACGAUGCCCAAAGCAGCCCUCCCUACCAUCAAGAAGCUGGUGACAGUCCCCACUGGGCCCAGCAAAGCCAAGGCAUCUCCGACACCCAGUGGAGACGGUCAGAAGCGCCCCUCUGGAAACUCAGGCUCCGGUGGCAGCUUCUUCAGCAGGGGUCCAGGCCACCCUGGUAGAAAAAGAUCGAAAACCCAGGCUGCCCGGCAGCGCUCUGCCACCAGUCAGGAGGAAGAGCGGAGCAGCCUAGCAAAGCCCCGCCCUGGGAAUAAAACCCCCACUCUGGGCAAGACCCCCAGCCCAGAGAAGACUCUGUCUCCAGAUAAGGCCUCCACUCCAGAGAAAACCCUGAUUCCAAAGAAGUUCAAGGGCCCAGCCCCAGAGAACACCACCCCAGAGGAGAGCCUGACUCUGGACAAGGCUCCCAGCCCAGACAGCGUGAUUUCUGUGGAUGACGCCCCUGCCCUGGAUGUCCCACCUGAGGAUGAAGCCCCUGCCCCAAAGAUGGCCCCGCCUGGGGACGAGGCCCCCACCCUAGAGGAGGUCUUGACCCCUGAGCAGGCACUCUCUGAAGAGACCUCCAUCAGAGACAACACUCAGCUCCAUCACUUCUCUCCAGAGCAAGCCCUGCUGAAGUUCAAGUCUCCUGUGGCCAGUAAGGCUCAAUCCCAAGAGGUCCAUAUGCCAAAGGAGCCUGACCUCUACAUGAGGACACACCCUCUGGAUCAGAGAGACGGCCCCUCAUUCCAGUGUGAGUCCAAGCCAGGGUCCAUGCCUGCCCAGGAGGCCCCUGGGCAGCAUGAGGCUACCCAGGAGGCGGUGCCCCCCAAAGAGGAAGUGCCCCUAAAAGAGGAGUGCGCCAAAGAGGCAGCUGCAGCUCAAAAGAAUACUCAUCCUAUCAAGUCGACUCCGGACCCCCAAGAGACUCCCACCCUACUUUCCCCGGUCCCGCAAAAUCUCACGGACAGCAAAAGUGACAGAGGCGAUAUAAUGAGGCUACAGGACGAGGUGGAGUCUUUAAAGAAGUCGCUGGAGCGGAUGGGGGUGCAGCUGGAGAGGAAGCUGACCGACAUCUGGGAGGAACUGAAGAGAGAGAAGGAGAAGCGCCUGUGGCUGGAGGUGCAGAUGAAACAGGGGACCCAGAGGUCGCGGACCCAGGGCUCCAUACACAUGCAGACGCAGACACAGAUGUACUGAGGGUGGGCCCGGGAGGGGGACGAUGGCGGGACCUGGGGGGAAGUCAGGUUCCGGCCACCCACGCCCUCGCACAUGACUUUGGGAAACACAAGAAAGUAAACUGCAGUGUACUCGC